AUGGCCGACGAAGGACGACAAACAACGCCGGAGGGGCAUAUCAAUGACCAACAACAGACCGUCGCAAAAUACGUUCCCGGAAACAACAUCCAGAUCACAGAAACCAUCAACAACAAGCUGAAGAGGAAGAAGCUUUAUGUCGCGUUUAGCCAGAAGAACGCGAAAGGAAAGACAGAGUACCAACUUACUGAGACGAAGGACGAUACCACGAAGCUCUACAUGAACGGGAAGUGGUUUCCUCAGGCCGAUGUCUACACCCCUUCCAUCAUGAGUCCUCCCCCCGCAUCGCCGACGGAGAAGGAGUUCUCCAGCCCCUGUACACGGUACUCUAACGCAUCUUCAUCAUCCACUUUUCGUUCCAGCACAACUCUAAACUCACUGCGACAAGUAGCGAACAGCUUCGGACUGUUGCUACCAAGAAAAAAGCCAGCAGAUGUAGAACAGCAGGCGAAGCCUGAGUCUCCCCUUGGCGAGGACGAAGAUGGUGAAAACGAAGAUGGGCCUAUCUUCUCACCCGGUGGGUCAGGGCCAUAUCCAACCAAAGUACGAACACUCGAAAAAUGUCCGAACGGCUACGCACGACUCGCAGCCUACAAUUCAAGUGAACAAAACUUCAUGCUCUACCGUGGCUUUAGCAACGUCCACGCACGUCUCCUCCUAAGCCUCCAAUGCAGCAUUCAGAUGCUCGAAGCCGAGCUAGACAACAUUGACCGCUUCCACGACACCCUUCCCGACGAGGCCUCCAAGAAGCGCCUGCGAUCCUGGGAUCUCGACGUCGCAGCCUGCAGACAAGAGAAAAAAGAAGCAAAAGAAGACGGAGACGAAGACGAAGCCCGAACGCGAGAAGACAUUCUAGAGGAACUGAGAAUCAAAGUGAACCAAUACGACGAGUUACUCAUCAAAGCGAGAGAGCUCGUCUCUUUCCAACGACCAACCGAACGUGAUUACCGAAGCGUAAGGAACUGGUUCCACAAUAUUGCGCCCCUUGUGGACGAGGAGCAAGAUUACAUACUCUGGAAAGAGGAUAUCGUGACGCUCAGACAUGGGAGGGAGUGGGCGGGUUUCGACGGUAUGGUCGAAGCGAUGCUGCAUAAGAUGGAUGGCCCACUUGUUCAAUGGCUCUUCCGGACCGAGGACCAGAGGCGUAAAUCCACGGAUGAGAGAAAUUACUACUUUGCUCCUUCGAGGGUCUCGACGCUGGUCAAUCUCUUCAUUACUAUUGCGCUUUUCUUGCUACUGGUAGCUCCGGUGUUGGCGAUGUAUCGUCUCUCGACUAUCAAGACGACGGAAUGCGUAUUUGCGGCUAUCGGCAUUUUGAUGGUUUUCACGCUGCUGUUUGCUGCAGCGAUGUCGCUGCUCACGAAGGCGAAGAGGCAUGAGUUGUUUGCCGCAGCCGCAGCCUAUUGUGCCGUCUUGGUGGUUUUUGUUGGGUCGACUAACUUCAAUUGA